GCUCCUGCCCCCGGGCCCCCAGCCCACCUGUCUCCAGCUGCCCACCACCUCCACCUGUAUGCCAUGCAGCUGCCACCCUUCGACAUGUGGAAGGAUUAUUUCAACCUGAGCCAGGUGGUGUUGGCGCUGAUCCAGAGUCGGGGGCAAGGGCCGGAGGCCCAAGCUACUGGGGAGCCGGGACCUGGGCCCCAGCUGGGGCAGGAUCAGGGGCAGGGAGGGCAGGGGGCCAGCGGGGGCCUGGCCACCCUGUGCAACUUUUGCAAACACAAUGGGGAAUCUCGCCAUGUGUACUCCUCGCACCAGCUGAAGACACCAGAGGGCGUGGUGGUGUGUCCCAUCCUGCGGCACUAUGUGUGUCCCCUGUGCGGGGCCACGGGGGACCAGGCCCACACACUCAAGUACUGCCCGCUAAACGGAGGCCAGCAGUCUCUGUACCGCCGCAGUGGGCGCAAUUCGGCCGGCCGCAAGGUCAAGCGCUGAGGACCAUCAAGUGCCCACCCCCUUCACCCCCCAGCCCUCCUGGCUCAAUCCUCC